AUGGCACAAAACAACCAAACAGAUCACCUCCGGAUUUUGCUGCUGGGUAAAACUGGAUCAGGAAAGAGUUCAGCUGGAAACACUAUACUGGGAAGAAGGGCUUUUGGGGUGGCAUUUUCCGCUGCGUCUGCAACCAGCAAAAGUAAUUCACAUGAUGUGACACUGGGUGGCCAGAAAAUCACUGUGAUUGACACACCGGGACUCUAUGACACAUCAAUGAAAAUAGAACAGCUUAAACACGAAAUAGAGAAAUUAUUCAAUCAUUCUGGUGACGGGAUUCAUGCAAUUCUGUUGGUGAUCAAACUGGGAGCUAAAUUCACAGAGGAAGAAAGGAAUACUGUGCAGUGGAUCAAGGAAAACUUUGGUGAAGAUGUUUCAAAAAACACCAUUGUGUUAUUUACAAAUGGAGAUGAAUUAGAGCAUAGUGGCAUGACAAUUGAAGACUAUAUAAAUGAAGGGGGAAAGCUGAGGGGUUUAGUUGAGCAGUGCAAUGGAAGAUAUCAGGUUUUUAAUAACAGAGCUGAAGAUCAGACACAGGUCACUGAGCUUCUGAGAAAGAUUAGGGAAAUGAUACAGGAGAAUAACAAUAACCUUUACACUAAAGAGAAAUAUCAGGAAUUUCAAAGGAAAUUGAAGAUAGCAAAGUUUGCAGGAGUUCUUACAGCAGGGGUAAUUGGAGCAGGAGCUGCAGGAGGAACAGCUGCAGUAGCAG